CGUUUGGCACAUGCGCAUUGUGAUGCUGUGCUCCUGCGGCGCAUGCGUGGUGCUGCUGAGGCCGAGUCUGCCGUGAGAGCGGGUCGGGGUUGUGCUCCGGGCCCGGACAUGGCGGCGGCUGGGCCGGCCGCCGAUAGCGGCUCCUCCCGUCGCUGUCUCGCCACCCAGUACUUCAACGAAGAGGAGAAUAACGCCAUCGAGAGUCUGACAACCAGCGAGAGGGUUGUGGAUCUGUUGAAUCAGGCUGCACUCAUUGUCACUGACAACAAAAUCACUGUUCUCAAACAGGUUCAGGAGCUGAUUGUGAACAAGGAUCCCACACUCCUUGACAACUUUCUCGAUGAAAUCAUUGCAUUUCAGUCAGAUAAGUCGGUUGAUGUUCGCAAGUUUGUGAUUGGAUUCAUGGAGGAGGCAUGUAAGCGGGACAAUGAGCUGCUGCCAAAACUAAUCGCCAACCUCAACAUGCUGCUAAAGGAUGAGAACGUCAAUGUGGUGAAGAAAGUCAUUUUAACCAUGACGCAGCUCUACAAGGUGGCACUGCAGUGGAUGGUGAAGUCGAAAAUGAUCAAUGAGAUGGAGGAGGCGUGCUGGGAUAUGGUUAGUGCCAUGAAGGAUGACAUUGUCUUGAUGCUGGACUCUGAUAAUGAUGGAAUCCGGACUCAUGCCAUCAAAUUCAUUGAGAGUUUGAUCAUCACCCUGUCACCUCGCACCCCUGAUUCUGAUGUUCCCCGACGGCAGGAGAAUGACAUCAGUCUGGAUCGCAUUGUGAAAGAUCACUCUUGCAUCAAAGCCAGUGCACUUCAGGAAGAGGGUAAAAUGGCACUGGAUCAGCUCCUGAAAUUCAUGGUUCACCCUGCCAUCUCCAGUAUCAACCUUACAGCUGCCCUGGGCUCCUUGGCAACCAUCGCUAGGCAACGACCCAUGUACAUGUCUGAAGUGAUCCAGGCAUACGAGACCCUUCAUGCCAAUCUGCCGCCCACUCUGGCAAAGUCACAGGUCAGCAGCGUGCGAAAGAACUUGAAGCUGCACUUGCUGAGCGUGCUGAAACACCCGUCCUCCUUUGAAUUCCACGCCCAGAUUACCACGCUCCUCCUGGACCUCGGCACGCAGCAGCAGGAAAUCGCUCGCAACAUGCCCAACCUGAAAGAUGUGCGGAAACGCCACCGAGAAGACACUGACCAGGGCCUGAAGAAAAUCAAAAUAGAACCUUUAGGAGAAGAUGAUGAAGACAAAGAUCUUGAACAGGCAUCAGCUUCCACUGCUAAACCAUCGUCAUCCCAGAACACACAGUCUGCCAUUGACGUCACGGCACAGUUUCUCAUGCCUCUGCUCUCGCCAGAGAAUGUGGCGAAUUUGGUUCUGAUCAGCAUGGUCUAUUUACCAGAUGUGAUGCCAGCCUCUUUCCAGGCUACCUAUACGCCAGUGGAGUCGGCAGGGACAGACGCACAGAUUAAACAUUUAGCCCGACUCAUGGCCACACAGAUGACAUCAGCAGGUCUCGGACCAGGUGUUGACCAGAUGAAACUUCAGACAGACGAAGAAUUGAAACAGGGGAAGGACGGUAAAACUGACGGGCUGGUGAUCAAGCGACGUUACUCCACAAUACGGGGGCAGGGCCAAGCUAUCUCUGUUGUUGGGGCACCUGGUCCCUUCUCACAACCCACCAAGGAAGAGGAGAUGCAAGCAAAGAGACGACCAGAACCCAUUAUGCCUUCAAAUCAGCCAAGGCCGAUGGGACAGAGUGGGCGGAAGAAGGUUUUCCGUCUGGGUGAUGUGGUGCAGCAGCUGCCUGCGGAUAAGAUAGACAAGCUGAAGAUUGGAGCUCUGCAGCGCAUCCUCAACUCGGAGAAAGCAGUGGCACGAGGCGGAGCCGGUCCGAUCCGUGUGAAGAUCUUGGCACGUCUUGUGACGCAGUUUGAUGGGAAAAUGAAAGGCGAGAUGCUGGAUUUCAUCCUUGAGGAUAUUCGAAACCGCGUCGACCUUGCGUUUGCGUGGCUGUACCAAGAGUAUAACCUGUACCUCAGCCAAUGGCCCAAUGGCACACUUGAGAAUUAUGACGAGUGUCUGACCAGCCUGUUGUCAGGCCUGCAAGAGAAACCAGACCAGAAGGACGGGCUGUUUACAAAGUUGGUUCUCGAGGCUCCAUCUAUAACUGACAAUGCAUUAGAAGUGAUCCGGAGAUAUUGCGAGGAUGAGACUCGGAUCUACCUGGGAAUGUCGACGCUGAGGGAUCUGGUCUUCAAACGCCCCUCGAAGCAGCUGCAGUACCUUCAUGUGCUGCUUGAUCUGAGCUCUCACGAAAAGGACAAGGUCCGUUCACAGGCACUGAUGUUCAUUAAACGAAUGUAUGAGAAGGAGCAACUGCGUGAUUACAUUGAGAAGUUUGCCCUGAAUUACUUGCAGCUGUUGGUUCAUCCCAACCCACCCUCCAUUCUCUUUGGGGCUGACAAAGAUACAGAGGUGGCAGCUCCUUGGACGGAGGAGACGGUGAAACAGUGCCUGUAUUUGUACCUUGCUCUGCUUCCCCAGAACCAUAAACUCAUCCACGAGCUUGCUGCUGUCUACACAGAGGCUAUCGCUGACAUUAAGCGCACAGUGCUGCGUGUCAUUGAGCAACCGAUUCGAGGAAUGGGAAUGAAUUCGCCUGAGCUGCUUCUGCUGGUGGAGAACUGUCCAAAAGGCGCCGAAACCCUUGUGACCCGCUGCCUACACAUUUUAACAGACAAAGUGCCUCCGUCACCCGAGCUGGUGAAGCGAGUUCGUGAUCUCUACCACAAAAGGGUCCCAGACGUCAGAUUUCUGAUCCCGGUGCUUAACGGCCUUGAGAAGAAAGAAGUAAUCCAGGCACUGCCCAAACUAAUCAAACUCAAUCCCAUCGUGGUAAAGGAGGUCUUUAACCGGCUGCUAGGAACUACACACAUGGGUGAGGGAGGCUCAGCAGCAAUUUCACCGUUGACCCCUGGUGACCUUCUCAUUGCCCUGCACAACAUCGACUCUACCAAAUGCGACAUGAAGUCAAUAAUCAAAGCUACAAACCUGUGCUUCGCAGAGAGGAAUGUGUACACGUCAGAGGUCCUUGCUGUUGUGAUGCAACAGCUGAUGGAACAGAGCCCACUCCCGAUGCUGCUGAUGAGAACAGUCAUUCAGUCACUCACCAUGUAUCCACGACUUGGGGGUUUUGUCAUGAACAUCCUGUCCCGGCUCAUAAUGAAACAGGUUUGGAAGUAUCCCAAGGUGUGGGAAGGCUUCAUUAAGUGCUGCCAACGAACAAAACCUCAGUCCUUCCAGGUACUGUUGCAGCUUCCACCCACUCAACUCGCCAACGUCUUUGAGAAGUGCCCGGAACUCCGAGAACCACUGCUGACGCACGUGCGUUCUUUCACACCGCACCAGCAAAACCACAUUCCAAAAUCCAUAAUGAUUGUGCUGGAGGCAAACUCCAAGUCAGAAGUGGAACCAAUGGAAACUAAACCCACAAAUGAGGAGGAGAUGCAGCACCUGACCGUCGCUCAUGCACAGAAGGAUAUGAUCACCAUGCGCCUAGCUCAAGAGAAAGCCCUGAAGAGGAAACUGGAGGAGGAGCAGAAGUUCAAACAGCAGCAGUUGGCAGCCCAGUUACACCCCCUCCAUGCUGUCCUCACCCCACCAAGCCUCGGAGUCUUGAAGCCCCCUGGACAAACUGUCUCCGCCUCCCCAAGCCUGAAGCCCCCUGCCCAGACUCCUCUGACCCCCGCUGCGCAGGCUCCGUCAAACGCCCCCGCCCCCAGCCUGUCCACGUCAAAUGCCCCUGUCCAGAGUGUGUCAAGUGCCCCUGCUCAGGCUCCCCCCGAUGCCUCCAGUAAACCUGCUGCCAGCCCACCUGUAGAGACUGUCCAAGCCCCUCCCAGCCAGGCUGCUGCCAGCCCCCUGGGAGAGGCGGCCCCAAGCCCCCUCGAUCAGGCUGUGCGUCCUCCGCCAAGUCUGCUGGCUGCAUCCUCGAUGGCGCCGCCAAAGGACGAGCCAAUGGAAGUCGGCAGUAGUGUCCCUGAGCCUGAAGGUGUCAGAGACACCUCACAGCCGACAAUCAUCAUCAAUGUGAAGGAGGAGGAGGAGAGACCAAUGGCGUUGGAUGAACCAUCCCAGGGAGUGGUCGUCAUGGAGACUGCACGUGAAGGACAGAUUGUACUUAAGGAUUCAACAGCUGGUGAACCAGCCGCUCAACAGCCGCUGCUGCACGAAGUGGGUCACCUGGUAGCGGCAGACGCCACGGAGCAGGUGAUCCUGGUCCGCGAGGACCCACCGGCGGUGGAGGACCCAGCAUCUGGCAGCGAGCAAUCGGCCAACCCCCCGGAAGAGGCACUGGAGCAAGGCGCAGAGGGAGUGGUUCCCGAGGAGAGGAAUGGCGAGGGCACUGAGAAGAGCCAGGCAGCAGGAGACGGAGAAUCACAGCCUGUCACCAAACGCAAAUCUGCUGUGAGGAAAAGCAGUUAACAACUAUUGACUGAGAUUCAUGUGGGGUUACCUGUCUAUGUCUUGCUCGCUGAUUGAUAGCAGCAAAAUACUGGCUAAUAAGGACAAAUAAAAGUCUCAUAUUUUAAAGGAAGGUGGAAACUCUGGUUGGUCUCUGCAGUUUCCUGUUCCUAGAUUAGUGCCAGGGGUCUAAUUUAAUUUUUUUUAAGUUGUAGUUAGGUCCAGAUGGGCUAUAAUUAAAUAACGGGUCUCUGUUUUGAUAGUUGUGGUUGAGGGGGGAAGCAAUGGCUGGGGCACCUUGCUCCUCUUCGACCAGUAGCCGGAGUUCCCAGCAGCUGUGCUAGCCCUCAGUAUCGUCAGUUCAGAUUAAGGACUUGUGCCUGGAAAGAGGCUUGACUCCACUAGCUGGUGAACCCAAGCUCCUGAUCUGUCCAGAUUCCGAGCACCGGAAAUGUCCGACUGAUCCCAUUUUCUGGCACUUCAUGUGAAGCACCGCAGACCUGGAGAGAAGCGAGACUGCCUAUUCUGGAUGUAUUUAUGCAUCUUGGAAAGUUGGGCCCACCUCAGAAUCGGGGUUGAAUUUGGAAUGAGCGUGCAUACCAGCAGCUUAAGAAUUCCUUCCAGAGUUUAGCACAUCUACUGUGUGUUCGGAGACUUGAACAUAUUUCUCAAGCAAUCAUACCAAUGUAGUAAACUAAUUUAAUUCUGUGCCGUGUCCUUUGGUAACACCUAUUGAUAUUUCCUUUGAAAUUCUACUAAAAAUGUUUUGUUUUUAUUUUAAAGUGUUGGAGAAGUAUGGCUGUUUGACCUUGUGUAAAGUGACUGUGUGUUAUCUGCAGUGGGCAGACUGCUGGAGAGUUUUACAUGUGAGGCUGUAAGAAUGGGAAAUGAAUAAACGUUUGGAGAGUUGGCAAUGUG